AUGGGCCCCGCGCCUAACGAGGAUGACUACGAUGACCUCCCCUUCACACUCCCGCCUGGACCAUACUCCUCGGAGAAACCCGACUUACCCUACGCCGCCCUCAUAGGUCAAGCGAUCCUCUCAUCCCCGAAUCACCGUUUGACUCUACAAGAAAUUUACGACUGGAUCACAAUUGUCUAUCCACAUUUCAAGCGAAACGAACAGACGUGGAUGAACUCCAUUCGACACGUCUUGAGCACGACGAUCGUGUUCCGCAAGGUGCAGCGGGAUCGUGCUGAAGGUCGUACCCUUUGGGCCAUCUGGGAUCGCGACCUCGAGUGCUUCGCAAACGGUGGGUUCCGUAAAGAGCGUUGCGCUGAGAUGCAAGAACAGAAAGCGCGGUAUGCGACCAAAAAGCGCACUGCAGACGACUCACUUCCGCGCAAGGCGAAACGGACGAAAAAAUCCGUGAAACAAGAACCUCAAGCAGAAGUUGCGCCUGCCGAGCCUGCCGAAUUGCCCAUACCGGUGCCUCAGAUGGGCGUUCCUCUGUCAGCCAUUCCCGGCAUGUCUUUUGCGCCUUUGUUUCCUCCUCGCUCUGGUGUACACCAGCCGUAUUAUGCUCCGUUCUCAUACCCCCCUCCCCCUCUUCACCAUGGGCACGCUCUGCCCGUAGGUGUGAUCUUUCCAACUCUGCCUCCCGAAACUGCCUACCAUCGUGUCACGGCGGAAGAGGCAGCGGCUGCUAUGGGUGCGCCUUCAGCUCGCCCGUCGACGUCGGCUUCUAGCUCUUCGCAUCCCCAGCAGGCUAAUCCGUUUGUCGUCGAAAAAGCACCGUCUCCUCCGACGCCCCUACCAAUUUCCUCAUCCUCAUCGAUGUCCAUUCCUGGACUCACGCCGAACUGCAGCUCGUCCAGUCCACCUGAUGCAGGGGAUGACGUCGGUCGACUUGGUAGUAGACAGGGCGCCAAUUCCCAGGAGUUAGACCUCGAUUUAAGUGCUUAUAUAGUCGAUCCAGAU